AUGGCAGCAAACGACUCUUCACCUUCACCUCAAUUUGCCAUUAUGAGCCUCUCAGACGACUGGCAAACCGUCAUCCGCCUUGAUGAACGAGAGUACCGGCGGUCUCAUGGCCCUGUUGCUCGCCUCAGCGACGACCUUGGACGACUCUGUUCUGAGGUUUCUGGGAGCCCGUGCCUCGUCUUUCGCGCUGACGACUGUCCCGAUCUCGUCGACUCCAGCCUCUGCAAGCUCUUCUCGCAUUGGCUUACCGUUGACGACGUAACCUCCGCGUUUUUCUGCAAAGCUGUUUUCCUACUAGAACCAUCUCUCGAGCCCGGAAGAGCCGAACGCAUCCACGUGGAAUCGUUUCCAGGCCUCAGAGAUCUGGGUGCGAUUUUCAUCGUCCGCAUGGCCAUCAGUGGCUUGCAGGAACUGCGUCCGGGGCCAUACAUUUAUCAAGGAGCUGGAUUCCAUCGCGCCUAUCGAGUGUUCCCUGACUCUCAAUCUGCAUUCUUCUCGACAAUCAUGCAGAGCCCUGUGAGCGGUCGGUUCGUGGAGCAUCGCCCGACGGACCAUGUCGCCGUGCCGUCUCGCCUUUACUCUCCGCCUAAGAGUCCCAAACUCCCCUUAUCCGGCCUUCGCUUUGCGGUCAAGGACGUCUUUGACGUUGUUGGGUUAAAAACAAGCGCAGGCUCCAGAUCUUUCUUCAAGCUCUCUGAGCCUAAACCCGAAUCGGCAUUCAUUGUACAAUUACUCACUGAUUUGGGCGCGGUUCUGGUCGGCAAGGCCAAAAACACUCAGUUUGCAAAUGGUGAAGAUCCGCAAGAAUGGAUCGAUUACAGCUGCCCCUGGAACCCGCGCGGUGACGGUUAUCAAAAUCCUGAUACAAGCAGCAGUGGGAGCGCGACAGCGAUUUCUUCAUAUGCGUGGCUAGAUUUUGCCAUUGGAUCUGACACUUGCGGCAGUAUUGCGUGUCCGGCCGCCGCCCAAGGCAUCUUUGGCUUAAGGCUAUCUACCGGUGCGCUCUCACAUGAAGGCGCAUUUGCCAUCAGCAAAUAUUUAGAUACAUCGGGGAUCUUCACUCGAGAUAUCGAGACUCUGUGUCUCAUCACCUCUCGGCUACUUGAAGGGGCGUCAGAGACUGUGAAAGCCCCCCAUCCAUCCAGUAUACCCUCGAGGAUAAUAUACCCUGAAUCGUCAUUUCCACAUGAUAACGCCGAAACCCUUGAGGCUGUGGAUAGAUUCGUGAAGGCUAUGGAGAUUUUCUGCGAUACGGAGCGAACAACGCCGAACCUAGAUGAAGAAUGGCAAAAGGCAGAUCCUCAGGGCUCUGGGUUAUCGAUUUAUAGCGACUUAAAAACGACCACAGCUCAUCUACACCUGGCUGGAUUUCACGAUGCUAUUGAACCGUUUCGCAAGACAUACCGAGAUACGUACCACAAGGAUCCUUAUUUGGACAGAGUCAACACUGAAAAACUAAAACUUGCCCGGUUGGUCACGGCAGAGGAUCGCGAAAAAAUGGUACGGCAGAAGACACUAUUUGCCGAUUUUGCCUACAAACAUAUCCUACAAUGCGGCAGCGGCGACCGGCCCGACUCUCUCGGGGGAAUUAUGGUAUGGCCGUUUAACCCCCAGGAGCCACAAUAUCGAGACAGCUAUCCACCGGAAUAUAGCCUUACGCCUCAUGUAAACUGGCGCUGGGAUGUGGACUAUACAGCCCCUCUCGCCGGGUUGCCCCAAGUCAUUGUGCCCAUUGGCCAGUUCCGGUAUGAGUCUCGGAUCACGGGAGAGCCAGAUUUCCUCCCGAUUACUGCUUCGAUCGUGGGACCUCCAGGUGAGUUCGUCCGGCUCCAAAUCAUCCAUGCUUCAGAGAAUGUGGUGGCAUCUAAAAAUAUGUAA